AUGCUGCGCGACCGCCAAUUUACGCCUCGCGACACUGCCGGCAGCGGCAGCCACCCUCCGGGGUCCAAGUACACGGGCGACGUGUCCAGUGGCGAGCUCCCUAGCGUCUCCCUCAGCCGACUGACCAGGUCCGAGUUCCAGGCCGAGGAAUACCUGAAGGAGACGCUCAAGGCAGUGCCCGAAGGCGGGCUGCGGCAGUUCCGCAAGACGCUGGAGGAGGCGCGCAAGGCAGCGUCAAAGAACCUGCAGCGCAACGUAUACAAGAACUACGAAAGCUUUGUGUUUAUUUCCAAGGAGAUUUCCAGCAUGGAGCGGGACAUGCAGCUUUUGCGCGAGCUUCUGCACAGCAUUAACCAGGUGGGCGGCGACCUGAUGGAGGAGGACACCGAUGCCGAGGAGGAGGGCCGCAUUGGCCGGCGCCGCACCAUGCGCAUGAGCAUGGCAAACCAGAACGACCUGUUCAAGGAGCAGCUGGCCAAAGUAUGGGCGAGCAUCAGGGACGCACAGCGCUUUGUGCCGUUUGCACCUGGCCGCCACGUGCUCGGCGACGUGCGCAACGUGGCUGAGCUCAGCCCGUCGACCAUGCAGCCGCGCCAGCGCGUCGACAUCGUCGUCCUCAGCGACAUGCUGCUUUUGGCCGUGCGCACCAAGCGCGGCACGCACGCGCAGCCCGCGCUGGUCGCCGACCGCUCGUUUGCGCUGGCCGACAUUUCGGUCGCCGAGGUCGCCGACUCGGCGCGCGCCAACAACCUUGUGCGCAUCGUCAACCGCGCCGAGACCUUCCUAUUCGGCUUUCGCAGCGCCGACGCCAAAAACGAAAUGCUGCUGCUGAUCAGCCACGCGAAGGCCGGCUUUUUCGGCUCCGAGCCGCCGCCGGGCAUGCCGCCGCCCGUGCCUGUGGACCCGCGCGCGCAGUCGGCGCCACCGCGGACGCGCAGCGGCGUCGAGGAUGGCGGCGCAUCAAGGCCUGGCGCCGAGAUGCUCGAUGAGCUGGACGUGCUGAUUGCGCGCCGCGAGUUCGACGCGGCGACGGCUGCCGUGCAGCGAAUCAGCGCGCGCGCGGCCGAUGCGCCGCUGCAGCCGGCCGUGCGCCGGGCUGUUGACGCGCACACGGGCGAGCUCGCGCGGCUGAUCCUGGCUGAUCUGCUGAUUCCGUGCUCGCCGCGGCCGCAGGUGGCGGCCAGCGUGCAGCUGCUGCACCGGCUCGGGUGGGACAAGGAGGCCAAGGAGGCGUUUCUGGCGUCACGCAGCUCGACCAUCAAGAACCGCACGAGGCAGCUCAAGCUCGAGGGGAACACCGGCAUGUACAUCCGAGAGCUGGCCGUCGUGUAUUUCCGGCUGAUCCGCAAUACGUGCGAGUGGUACUCGGCGUUCUUUGCCGACCCGACGCUGGUGUCUGCGCUGAUCGCCUGGGUGCGCCAGGAGAUGGCCGGGUACGCCGUGAUCUUCCGCCGCCACGUCUUCCAUGAGAUGCAGAAGUUCCAGGUCAUUGCCAGCUGUCUCAACCAUACUCUGGCCGAGGUCAAUAUCCUGGGCCACGCCGGGCUGGAUCUCAAGUUCAUGCUGGACCAGGAGUUCUUCCCGGACUUGACCAGCUGCAUCCGCAGCUAUGAGGCCCGCUGCCUGGCCGUCAUGGCCAAGACCGUCGCCGAGGACCCACUCGCUGUGGUCAGCAGGGUAUCGAUAUCCGCCCAUAGUGACGCGUCCGGCGCGCAGACCCCUAUUAUUGCGUCUGUCAGCAAGCUGGAUGAGGUUCUGAUCGAGUUUGGCAACGAGCUGCGCCACAUCGUGCGCGACUCGCUCUACGGCCAAGUUGUUGCCAGUGUCCUGGCCAUCAUCGAGGGCGUGCUCAAGCAGUUCCUCAAUAUCCUGCGCAAAACGCACGCGACCAUCACCCAGGAGUUUGCUCUUCUGGUUAGUACGCAAGCAGUGGUGAGCUGGGUGAUUCCGCGCUCGGCCACGCAUCUUGACCGCAUAUUUGGGCGCACAGUCUCGGACAUCCACAACCUGGAGCAGCGCCUGGAGGCAUUCCCGGGUACUUUGCAAGAUGUGUUUUGCCAGAAACAGGCGGUGGCCGUGUCCAAAUCGUCUUUUGACUUUGUCACGGCUACUUUCACGCAGGAGGACCAGGUUACAGACGACAUGCAGCCGUCAAUGCAGAUGGAGGCGUUGCUGAGACAGUUGGGCGAGAUAUCCCGCGAGCUCGACCGCUGGCCGCUGCCCAAGCGGCCGAUCAUCAGCGGCAUUAUCGACUGCAUGUUUGUGCAAAUGAUUGACCCUCGCAACUGGGAAACAUCAACCGGCGAAAAGCGCAAAUUCAGCCAUUUCGGCGUCCACUGUUUAGUCCUUGACAUUCAUUUCCUCCUUCGAGUUUGCGGCUCCCUUGUUUCUAAAAGCGAGUGGAAACAACAAAGAGAUGAAAAACAAAAGUUGGUAUGAUAAGCGCGUACUAGAGACUAUGCAGAGGUUGGGAUUCGGGUUCCCAGAUUUUGGAAAGGGCUUUGAGCAUAGGUCGCAGCAGAGCUUUGAUAGCUUGGGGAAUUCGGGAUCUGGGUCGGCUGCAAGCUCGAGCAGGAAUACUACAGACUCACCGUCGGUUGAGUAAUUUAAUUACAGUUGAUAUUUAAAUACUCCAGCUCUUUAUUCAUAUGCACUCAAUAUGGUUUGAUAAUAUAUUUGCAUUGAUAAAUUCA